CCGUGCUCCUCCAAUCCGCAGUACUUUCUCUGGCUGCGGUCACAUCUUGUUGGCAGAACUUCAGUGACGGGGUGAUACUGGAUUUAUAUGUUACUCAUCCACGCUAUAUGCGCCUUUCUUCGUUUUAAUGCGUUUAUUUUGCAAGGAAUGACACUGAAUCGCGAGUGAAGUGUUGCCGCAUUUUGCUUACUUGCAAUUCAUUUUGAGUCGCACCGGGGUGUCUUUUUGUGGAGAGCUUGACAGCACUUGUACAUCCUCCAACGUUAAGACCUUUGAGCUUUAAGGAUAAGAUUCUUAUUUAGGCACGGUUACAUAAUCAGGUAAAUACUGGCGUUUUGUUCGCACGCUUUCGGGUACAUUUUCCCUCUAGGUCAUUUUCUAGUCACUGUAUUUUGUUGUAGAAAGAAAAUUCCCGUUCGUUUUCAUGCCCGAUCUGCAGCGCUUUAGUUUUCCAUAUCAUAGCAUGAAUCCUUUGUUGGGGGCCAAUACGCAUCUCCAACAACAUCCGCAGCAGAGCCCAGCCUCCGGACAUCCAGACUCUCCCUCCGGCCUCCUCCCCGACGCCGUUUUCGGUGUCUCGGACCCGACAUCCUUUCUACUUGGUGAGCUACCCAGCCCAGGCCCUGAUCAGCCGGGGCCUGAUUUCACCGCACCCUCACAGACCUCUCCUUUCCUCCACCACAACCACAGCAGUCACUACCAGCACCGCGUUGUGCCGCAUCCCCCCGCAGCCAUGGCUCUUAGAAACGACUUGGGAUCCAACAUCAGCGUCCUUAAAACCCUAAAUCUGAGAUUCAGAUGCUUUUUGGCAAAAGUCCACGAAUUAGAGCGCAGAAAUAAGAUUUUGGAGAAGCAGCUGCAACAGGCUCUAGAUGCCAACAAGGGCUGUCAAGGUGGAUGCUGUGAUGGCAGGGCACAUACCCAGGAAGCAUGCGUGCAGACCGGAUUUGUUGGCACCAUACCGCUCAGGCCCGGCUCCCUCCUCUUUCAUAACACAAACAACUCAGCCAGGAGGCCUACAACACUGUUCCCACCAACACUCUCAACCAACCUACCACCUGCAGCCACUGAAAACUCCAGUUCAACCCAAACAAACACCACGUCCAACCCAGCCAUCACAAUCAGCCAGGCCUCUCCCUGCGUGGACUCCCCUGGUUCUGCCUCUAAAAGUGUCACCAACACCAGUGAAGGCCAGGAGAGAUCUACCAACCCUCCUCCAAGGUUCCUGCCGGGCACCAUCUGGUCCUACAACCACACCCGCAAGUUCGGACCAGGGGCAGAGCGUGUGACCAGUCCAGGAGUAUCCUGGGUGCACCCUGACGGAGUCGGGGUCCAGAUUGACACCAUCACCCCUGAGAUAAGAGCCCUGUAUAAUGUCCUGGCCAAAGUGAAGAGGGAGCGGGAUGAGUAUAAACGCAGAUGGGAAGAAGAAUACACCAUGAGGAUGGAUAUGGAACAGAAAAUGUCAGACCUACAAGAGGACCUGCAGGAGAGUGAAGGCUGUCAGGACGAGCUGGCUCUCAGAGUUCAGCAGCUGAAGGGCGAACUGGUUCUCUUCAAAGGCCUCAUGAGCAAUAACUUGUCAGAGUUGGACAGUAAGAUCCAGGAGAAAGCCAUGAAGGUGGACAUGGACAUCUGCCGCAGGAUCGAUAUCACGGCUCGUCUCUGUGACGUAGCUCAGCAGAGGAACUGUGAAGAUGUCAUCCAGAUGUAUCAGGUUCCUAACAAUCAAACAUCCCUGAACUACCGCCGGAAAACAGCUCCUAUUUCCAUCAACGGGAGUGAGUGUGACGAGCCUGUCAGCACCUCUGAGAGUGAUGGGGGCGUGGUCAAAGAAGAAGAGCACUGCGGCUCGUCAGCCAAUCAGAUCAAUGAGGAGAUGCAGAGGAUGCUGAACCAGCUGCGGGAAUGUGAGUUUGAGGAUGACUGUGACAGUCUGGCGUGGGAGGAGACUGAAGAGACGCUGCUUCUUUGGGAGGACUUCCCAGGAUGCACUCUGCCCCCUGACCCCACCCACCCACCAGGAGAGGACGACUGUCUGGAAAAGGUGAUUAAUGACACAGAAUGUCUGUUCAAGUCCCGAGAGAAGGAAUACCAAGAGACCAUUGACCAGAUUGAGCUGGAGCUGGCCACAGCAAAGAGCGACAUGAACCGACAUCUGCACGAGUACAUGGAGAUGUGCUCAAUGAAGAGAGGCCUGGACGUUCAGAUGGAGACCUGCAGGAGACUUAUCACACAGAGUGGAGACAGUAACCCUGCAGUGCCUGCGUCCUCUGAUCACAGAGAGUCAGGUCAGAGAGAUCACGAUGGUUCUUCAGCGUCUCCACCGUCUUCCUCCAGCACAGGGAGAUCUUGACACUCCCUCACUCCUGCAUCAGUUCAGGGCUGUGCUCACGAGACCUCCGCUACAUCCAGCUACAGUGCUACAGUAAUAUGCAAUACACACCUGUAACUAUGGCAACACCUUGAUAUGAUCAUCUUCAUUAUUUAUUUUUCAGCUUUGGUCUGAGGAGACUGAGGAUAGCUUUGAAACUUUGACUGAAUGGCAGAGCUAGUUUUUUUUUUCUCAUUACUUCUACUACAGAUGUCACUGCCCUGCAGAGGGAAGAGGUCCUUUUGUAGCUGGACCUUGUUGUCGGACAUUUGUCACCAAUGGUUAGGACAUUAGAUCUUUAUAAAUGAUUGUUCUGUAGAUGUUUCCAGAUCCAGAAUUUGCUGUGAGUAAACGGGCUGAUGUCUUGUUAGUUCAAUGUUGAAGGCUAAAUCAGGACUCCAUACACACAUAUAUGAUGAGUUGCACAUUUAUAGCUAAUCAAGCAAAUACCAGAACCUCAUAUAGCUCAUGCUAAACAAAUUUUCCAACCCUUAAGCCUAAUUGACACUAGGGGGCAUCUUAACAGCUGCAGGUUCAGAGCUUGCUUUGUUUAUGUAAAGUAUCAGAUUAAACCACUGACAAAGCAAACCCUCAAAAACAUAUAAACUAGUGAUUUAUUUAUUUAAUUUAUUUAAUUUAAAAUAGUGACAGUGCACAUUAAUGAACAUAAACAGAUUAUAGCGAUAGGCUAAUGUCCAUCUGUAGUCCCUUGGCAGGUUGUUGGUAAACAGGUAAACAAAGUAACAUAAAACCACAAUGACAAGCAAAACCAAUACAACAAGUAAUGACAAAACAACAACAUAUACUUUUGGAUUUAGAAAAACAUAGUUUUGUCUCUCUGAAUCCUGACGUGCCUCCUCCCUUUUUGUCAUUAUAAAGGUCUUUCUUAAUAACAACAAUCAAAGAAUGGGCGCUCUUCUUCAGACCCUUACGCUUUGCAUGCAUUAAAAAAAAUGACAAAGAUCAGCUGACUAACAAAUAGUUAGCUCACUAUUUAAAUUUGCUCAUCAGUGCUUAGGUAAUAGGUUGGUGCUCUUUUGCUGUGAUGAUAAAAAAAAUUCUGGGACUGUUCGGUUUCGUUAUCCUAAAUUUCACAUUACUGUUACUCUGUCAAAUCUACAAAUACAGCCUACAUGCACCUCAUCCUGUCACAAUAAUGUCACUGCAGUCACAAUAACUCUCAACAGAACGACACAGUGGUGGUGAACCACAGCACCAAUAUUGAAGUUCUCAUGAAAAGAGAAAUUCCAUCACAAAUGUGUUAGAGUUAUCUGGACAAUAACCAAGUAGAUGUGAAUAAAGCCAUUUGAAGUGAGCUAGAAAACGUUCAAGGUAACCUACAUCAGUUAAUGAUAAAACUGAUGUGCAUUGAAAAUAGCUUGAUCUAGGAUAUUUAUAUUACUGUGGCAAAAAAAAAAAUGUUCAAGAUGACAGCAGAGAAGAUAUGUGUUGUCAAAUAGACGCAGGUUGGUUCUUAGUUGUAAAUGCUGUGCUGUUAAAAUUCAGUCUGCACUCUCUUGAGUCUGAUCUGGGGUCAGUGUUGUCUCUUUAUUUUGCUCUCUGUGUCGCUGACUCUUAUAAGUUCUUAUCGAUAACAUGCACUGAAGACCCAAGUGUCAUGAAGAUGUUUAAAUGAGUAAAAUUAGGAAUGCUGACAUUACAGUCAGGGUCCUUCUGUCGUGUGAACAGGGCUGCAUGGCUGAGCAGGAAUCUCUUCAAGGACAUUUACAUGAAGAAGAAAAAAGAUGGUCAUGAACAAAUGUAAGUUAGCCGUUGAGUGCCAAAAUAAAAUGGUCAGAUUGUAAAAAUCCACAGGAAAACUGCUGUUAAAAAAAUGACUUGAUAUAGCUGCAGAAACAGCGUUUCACAAAGGUGCUUGAUGUAUAUAAUAAAACCUAUUCUAUUUUUGAGCCUGUUAAGAGUUUGCACAUAGAAAGGAAGAGCUAAGCAAAAAUGUAUAUCAAACAAAUCAGCACUAUUACUUGUAAAACUUUAAAAAAAAAAAAAAAAAAAAGUUGACUUGCUGGAAAUAGAAAAUGAUAUGUCUUCAUCUUUUACAUGCUGGAGGUGUGGUACUAGACUCAUAAAUUAACACGAACACAUACCUCAUUUUGACUUUAGUCAUGCUUCUCGGGGCACAUGAAGCUUUGAACUGUAACUCAGACACACUGUAGUAAAACAUGUUAGCUUACUGUUGGAAAUCAUUCGGGGAACUACUCCCUCUGUCACUGCUCCUUUAUCAGACACUGAUAUCUAAAUAUAGUCCUGGCUGCAUUUUCUUCAAUAUGGUUGAAGCAGGUGAAGUGUAUUUAUUCUGCUUCCAUGACAACCAACCUUUCCACAUUUAUUUAUUUUUCCAGUGAAAGAAACAAUGAUAGGACACACUAGAAUCGUAUGUAAACUGAUGCAUGUGUUGGAAUUAGCUGAAUGCUAAUUGCAAGUGUUUGAAUACAGGAGGAGGACGUCAUAAACUGUGUGAGGUUUCAAACACACCAUUUCCCCUUGUGUAGGUUUACUUUCACACACCGAGUGUGUCUCUAUGUAUGCAUGUGCCAGUGUGUAUGUUUUCUUUUUUGAGUGUUUUGUCUGUACAGUGAGUGUUUUUAAAACGACUUUGGCACAUAUACAACAUGAAGAAGAGGGAGACUGAAUAAGUACAAAUUGAUACAUCGGAUAAAAGAGACAUAAUCAUUGAGCUGUCUUUGGACAAAAUCACCUCAAAAAAUGUACAUAUGUAAAUCUAAUGGAAAUACUUUUCCAUUGUUACUUGUCCUUUAUGAGUAUAUGUGGUUGCCAAUUAAAGUCAAUUUAAAAAUAUCUCAAGUAAAAAAAAAAUACUGAAAUAUAAAUGCUUUAGCGAAAUGACUGUAUGAUGGCUUUGAUAAUAUGUGUAAAGGAAAUAUAGCUUUGAAUAUAUACUUGUGUUUCAAGACUGCAUUAGAAUAAUAUCGAGAGUCACACACCUGGAAGACACUCGUGAAAUCAGUGAAUUAAGACACAAAAGAAGCUUUGUAAUGAGACAUUUGGAAGUCAAAGACAAAAGGGAUAUUGUCUUGUGAAAGCUCUUCACAGAGAGCAAGACUUUCCUCAAAAUAUUAAACUCCUUUAUUGUGGCACAAAAUGAAUCAUGUACUCCAGAUGUGUGACGAAGCAGCUUAAAACACAAAGACAGUGAUUUAAAAAGAAGCUUCAGUGCAGAGCUGCAGUAUGUCAUGUGUAAAGAGAGACUGACAGAAUAAAAGAAACAAUGAGCAAAAAGA